AUGUCAGGGCGGCUCCGUGACCUUCACGAGCAGCAGGCUCACACUCUCCAGCAGCUCCUGAACCUCCGCCAGGAACAGCUCCGGCUGCGGCAGCAGCAGCUGGGCGCGCUGGCGUGCCUGCUGCGCACAGAGACGGCCGGCGUCACGAGCGGUGGCAUACAGGGCCUCGACGACGACCCGCACCUCGCGCAGAUGCAGCCGCUGAUCGAGCAGACCGUCGGGCUGCUCAGCAGCUGCCUGGAGGAGGUCCACAGCGCCGUCGCGUCCCUACGCACAGCAGGCGGGGGACAGGCGCUCACGCUCUCGCGCGGCGCGAACGCGGCCGACUCCCGCGCCGAGGAGGCCUCGAACGUCGCGCGCGCGCUCCUCGUCAUCCUCCGCGGCCACGCCGAGCGCCGCGCCGCCACCGUGGCCGAGGCGUUGGGUGCUAGCGCGGUGCCAGGGGGGCAGGCGGGCCUCUCGGCCGACGCGAUCGCCAACAUACCGAGCCUGCGCGUGCCCGCGGACCUGGAGGGGUUCCUGUCGGACGGGGGCGAGCCGGAGGUGUGCUCGGUGUGCAUCGCUGAGUACAGCGCGGGGGACGCUUGCAGGAAGCUGCCCUGCCAGCACGUGUUCCACCUGGGCUGCAUCGACGCGUGGCUGGGCAUCAGCUCGUGCUGCCCGGUGUGCCGGAGCGCCGCGACGUGA